UAAGUCUAGGAAGAACACAGCAACGUGAGAACCGUACAGAGCUGGUUAACAACGCAGCGAGAGUGAGCUCAACUCAGGCGUGGCCAGACAUCGUAGCAACGACCUUUGUACCGCACAGGCCACCCUGUGUGAGGUCACCUGCUUCCUCCCUCACGUCCUGUCUGAGCGGUGAGACUGAGCCAGAACUAGAGGUUCCCCUGGGCGAUGAGGGAAUGGACCUGGUGCCUCAGAGUAAGAUGAGCUCCGAGGGAGCCGAGGGCAGACCUGCCCCUCCCGCCUCACUGCCCCUCCAGGGCGGCCCCUCCCAGAGGAAGAAGCUCUCCGCCCCCCGGAUCAGUCUCUCAUUGGACCAGAGCGAAGAUGACGCCCUUGAGACGCCCGACGACCUGGACAUUAACGUUGACGACCUGGACACACCCGACGAGGGAGAUUACCUGGACUACACGGACCAUGAAAUGGACUGGGAGGAUCCUCCUCCAGCCAAUCGUAGCGCAGCACGGGAGCCGGUUGAACCGAUCCCGACUUGCAGUUCUGAGGAGGAGCGGCAGGAUGGCCGGCUGUGGAGGUCGGUGGUCAUCGGAGAGCAGGAACACCGCAUCAACAUGAAGAGCAUCGAACCCUACCAGAAAGUCAUCUCCCAUGGAGGCUACUAUGGAAACGGGGUUAACGCCAUUAUCGUGUUUGCGGCGUGUUUCCUGCCCGACAGCGACCGAGAGGACUACCACGAAGUCAUGGAGAACCUCUUCCUGUAUGUGAUCAGCACCCUGGAGCUGAUGGUGGCAGAGGACUACAUGAUUGUCUAUCUGAAUGGAGCCACGCCCCACCGCAGGAUGCCUGGCCUGGGUUGGCUGAAGAAGUGCUACCAGAUGAUUGACAGGAGACUCAGGAAGAAUCUGAAGUCAUUCAUCAUCGUUCACCCAUCCUGGUUCAUCAGGACCUUCUUGGCUGUCACCAGACCCUUCAUCAGCACAAAGUUCAGCAACAAGAUAAAGUAUGUGAACAGCCUGACAGAGCUGCAGGAGCUCAUCCCCAUGGAAUACGUCCACAUCCCAGAGUGCAUCAUUAGAGUCGACGAGGAGCUGAAGGAAGCAGCAGAGCACUCAAAAAUGAACAGCUUUCUCCAGGGCCCGGAGCCAGCCCAAGCCAGACCAGAACCAGACAAAGGCAGUGCCAGCAGCUCCACCUGAGCCGGCAGCCCUUCUGACGCAGCAGAACCACCUGCUCCACCUCCACCUCCACCUGCAUCCUCCACUCUUCCAUCUCCUCUCAUGAGCUGGACAAGACAUAGGGCAUGUUACUAAUCGUGUUCUGUGUGUUUGUGUGUGUGUGCGUGUGUAACAGUCCUGCGUCGAGUAGAAUAUGAAUUUAAUGGAAUAUGAAAACACGACUUAGGGUUCCUGUUAGCAUUAAGGCUGUACAAGCACUGAAUCAUCUACUGUCUAUGCCCCAGCACUUCACAGACCGUGUAGAGUGGAUAUACAAGAGAACACGUACAUCCUAUGACUGUUCUCCCGUCCUACUUCACAUCAGGAUGAGAGACGCUGCACACAAAUCCACUUUUAGCGUAUGAGUUAUGUCAUUGAUGCCGACAUGCAUGAUGAGCACAGAGCAAUAAUGUCACCCCUUUAUUGUGUUUGUUAAGCUAUGAUGGGAUGUUCCGAGAGAUGGGGAUAGUUGUAACCGUGGCAACCGUGGCAGAAUAAGAUCUGCUGACUGUGACAGGAGGAAACCCCCGCCCCCUUGGGAGAACGACCAACAAAUGCGUCUCAUCAAUCUAGUUUCUUGCUUAGUGUUUAGAGGAGGGAGUGAAGGUGGACUAGAUCUGUUUAUCUGCUCUGACUCUGUGUGACGUUGGAGAAGUGAUUGUGUGUGAAAUCGAGCUGUCAGUACAUUUUGAGCGCAUGUCCUUUCCGACGCCCGCACUGCCAGUGUGUGUUCUGUCAGUCUGCGUUGCCGUCAGACUCUUGUGGAACGUGUACACGGUUUUCGUCUAUUGUUUCUUCUUCUUCUUCUUCCUGCGUCAACAGGAAAUGACCUCAGAGGGAGUGAGAGAGGUAGAUAGGUCUCCGUAAAGCACAAUAUCGACAUCUGUGUGUGUGUCAGUGUGGGCAUGUGUGCAUGUGUCACUGGGAGUGUUUGUGAUUUUGUGUGUUUGCAUAUGUGUGUGUGUGUGUGUGUUUGUUAUUGUGUAUGAGCAGUUGCAUAUGUGUCUUUGUGUGUGUGUGUGUGCAUGUUCCUCAAUGAAAUAUCAGGUGGCCCAGGAAACUCAACAACAGUGUGUGUAACGUGCAAUGGAAAAAUUAAACACUAUGUAGUAAUCAAUAAACAAUUAACUCUGAACUUUGCAGUGUUUUUGAUCUUGUAGAGGUACCAGUUGCUUUCCUUGGAUUAAUUGCCACAGAUGAAUAAAUAUAAUGUCCGUCACCAUU